CAAAAUCUCAUCGGGAUGACAGUGAGGCAGUGCCGCUCAAUAUUCAGGCGCCAGGGCUAUUUACAGAGCAUACCUCAUCUAUCCUCUGGGAUGCCCACUGCCUCCGCGCGCCGCCCCACUUCUCUCCAUGACAUUCCGUCUCCAUCGUUGUCCGCAGGACAUACACUCCGAGUCCCACGUCACCCACCCGCGCCUCCAUAUCCGGAACGUCGCUGAUGCGCACCGGUUGUUGGAAGCCGUCCGCGCCCGGGCCCUGCCGCUGGUCCGCCGCCGUCUCCUUCCUCAUGAACGCGCCGGGCUCAGCAGCGGCAACGUCUUCGUCUGGGAGGAGAGCGGGGAGGAAGGCGACGACGGCGGACUCGUGCGCUGGACAGAUGGACGCAGAUGGUCCCAGAGUAAGAUGCGCGGCGAUUUUCUGUUCUACGAGGAGAAGAUCGCCACCACUCAGGCAGAGCGGACGGCUAAGGCUGUGAGGCGAGCAAACAAAGCAUCGUACUCUCCCGUCGACCUUCCGGGGCCUCCCAAGCGCAAGGAUCGGCCGACGCAAACGAACGGACUAAUCAAACAGACUUUCUCCGUUGUCGUCCAUGUGCCACACUCAUUCCAGGUGCGGAAAUGGCACAUUGUCGCCUACCUCUCGGCUGAGUCAAUCGCGGAACUGCCAAUCGUCGACGACUACGAGCAUCUCCGGCACUUUCACCCUCCCGACGGCAUCUUCACGACUGCCAGGAACCUAACAGGCCUACUGACACCAGCGACGUGGAACGAAUCACCACCGUCAAAGAGCUCGCAGUCGGAUGACGCUGAGUCGCGGGAGAGCUCACGCUCGCCUUUCACGCCGUACGCAGCGAUUCAGUCGACAGCAGAGCCACAUGGGCCCCAAUUCUCCGCUCUGGCUCGCGUCACGUUGGGAUCCCUGGAGGUCAGCGAUCCGUCCUUGGUCUUGCCGCUUCCGGUGUUUAUGCGAGAGGACUUGGCGUUGCUGGGCGACUCGGCGCGGUACGCCCCGAUCACUGCAUCGAUCAAACUUCGUUCCUCGUUUCGCUCUGCCGUCAUCAUGAGAGAGAUCUUGUACAUCCAGGCCGGCACUCCAGCGAAUUACGUGGGAACACACUUCUGGAAUACUCAAGAAAGCUACCUAGCCGGUGAUGAAGCCGCAGCGCAGAAUAUCGAUCACGAGGUCUCUUUUCGUGAGGGAUUCAAUUGGAAGGGAGAAUCGAUUCUCUGCCCUCGGUUGCUUGCGUUUGAUUACAAAGCCCGAUUUGGCACGUUAAACCAAGCAAACGCUUUGGGCGAGAUUGCCGAGGAGGCUGAGGAUAUAGAUUCCUCUCUGUGGACUGGUGCUCCCAUCGAAUACAAGCAAGAGCGCGCCACCAAAAGCCAAUACCAAGACGACCUCGACAAGGAAGAUCUUGACGAGGGCGUGGCUCAAGAUGCCGCGAAUGCCCAGCUAAAAGACGUGCGGUACUGGCCGGAUUUCAACCGGCUAUACUAUGCGCCACGCACUUUGCAGCAAAUCCCGGAUCUCGCAGAGUGGGAGAGCAAGGAAGGAGAUUGGGCCUUUGGUGGCGAUCUGUUCACGAGGUACGACGAGGAUAAUGAUCUCAUGGACGGUGCGGUGCGGCUGUUCGUCGAAGAGUGCGAGACAAUUCAGGGGAUGCAUAUCAUGCACGAUACAGCGAGUUUCGGGUCCUUCGUAAAUUCGCUGAUGCUUUCGCUCCGCGACGAGUUCACGAAAUUGCCAAUGAUUACGUUACCCCUGCUCUCAGAUGCGGUUCCCCAGAUCUCCCUCGAGGACAAGUCAGCAGUUCGAAAAGCUGUGAACGACGCAUUUGUGCUGCGGAGCCUGAGUGAACUUUCGUCGAUGACCGUUGCCCUUCAAUCUCCCACGACCUGGUCAGAUGCCGUCUGCCGCAAUGAGUGCAUCCAGGCCGGCCAAGCGCAUAUUUACCAUACGUCUGCGAUUUUGUCGACCAAUGUCGAGACCGCGACACUGCCUCUCCGGCUGAGGCGCCAAAACGAGCCUCUGCAUAGCUUCUGCGGCCAACUGGCGUACCAUUCUGGGGUUCCUUUCGCUGAGUUGGGCGGAGUUUUUCUGGGUGACAACCAUCCGGAUCGAUUGCGCCAAAUCUACAAUUUUUCAAGCCCGUCUGGAAGUUUUGUUGAUGGAGGCCUCCGACGUGAUGUUACACGAGGCUUCAGUCGGUCCGCGAUGUCGAGUUACACCGAGUUCCUCGACAGAACCGGCAAUGCGGGGAUCGUCUCCAGCCUCCACGCCCCGGCGUACCCGCUACCGAGCUCCUUCCCCGCGUUCUUCACGAGUGAUGCUCCCGAGACCUCCGCGGGCUUGGGAAGCGGAGGCGUGCUCAGGCUCUCGCGUCCGCGAUCGACCGCCGUUUUGUCCACGGUGGGAACGUCGCGGGAAACCGCACAGCUGUUCGCCGGGUGCGCCAAGUUCUUGGACGACAAGCUGCGGCGUAGGUUCCCAGUGGACAGCCUCGGGAUCGACGUGGAUGAGAUGAAAGAGCUGGCGAAUGACUUGUGGACUCUACACGAUACCGCUGGGGGAGAUUCUGGUGGCGACGUUGACGUUGACUCGAUCGGCGAGGACGAGUGACGCAUAAUAUUGCUUGGAAUACUACAUAAAGAGAAAACGGAACUCGACCGAUUUGACUGCCAAGCGCACCCGAGAGGUCACCAAGUUCACUAGUCUCUAGCAAACCCACGAGGAGCUCGUUUCUCACGGUUGAAUCUUGCGAAUGUUGAGCCGCCAUCGAUUGCAAGACCAUGUCAAGCCGCCUCGAGGGAUCAUGACUGCGCAGCAAGUACUACCCACACGACUCAGGAACGCGGUCCGUGGCGACCCACGGCAAUAUCGCUGUCAUUUGCCGCGACACAGAUGCGGAACGUGCGGGC